UAAAAUCUUCUAUAUAAACUGACACAAAAAUAAAAAACAAGAAUCAAAUUGGAGUAAAAAGUGCAUUGUUCACAAAUUAAGGACAAAAAUAAUGGAUCAAACAAUGUUUUUGAUCCUGAUCGAUGAAUCUUUAAGUAUGCGGAUGAAACGACAGGAUGUUGUCGACGGUAUUAAUCGUUAUCUUGAUGUUCAACGGGAAAUCAAUCCGGAUAGCCGACUAAUAUUGAUCAAAUUUAACAAUCAUGUCACAGUAAUGCAUAAAGCUAUCAAUAUCAAUCUGGUACAGCCAUUACGAAUGUGUGAUUAUAAUCCAUCGGGCCGUACAGGAUUAUUUGAUGCCGUCAAAUGUGCCAUUGAAUUAGCCGAUGAAUUACGAAAUGAUCAUGAAAGAAUUGUAUGCAUAAUGAUGACCGAUGGUGAAGAUAAUGCUUCACAACAGAAUCAAUCAUGUAAAGCAAUACAAAAAUUAGUGAGAAAAUAUGAAACAAAAAAUGAUUGGUCAUUCACUUAUCUGGGAAAAUCGAGCGAAUACUGGAGUCGACAAAAGCCAGUAUCUAAAAUUAGCUAUAAAGCUAGACGACCUUGUUAUUCAACGAUGGCCAAUACAUCGGCUGUGGCUCAACGACGAUUACGUUCAUCACAAUUACAAUCAUUAGUACCGAGUUAAAAAAAAAAAUCUUUAAUCAUUUGAAAUCAAAUGAUUUAAAAUCAAUUCUGUAUUUUGAUAUGUGACUGUGAUAUUUGUUUCUAUUUCUGUGAAAAAAAUGUCAUUCAAUCCAAAGUACUUUGUUUGUUAUUAUUUAUUAAUAACGAAUGAAAAAACAAUGC